GCCCAGCUUCCGUGGGAGCCAAGUCGACUCGACCCGAGCUAGCUCUGCUCGAUCGAGCCCUAUCGUCUCCUUCGCUCCUUCCCCGUUGUCAUCUUCCCGGACGUCACCUUCGCUUCGCCCCUCCUCGCCUUGCGUUGCGUGCCAAGUCUACGAGCUAGCUCCGGCAACAGCCAAGCCUAUAAAUACGGGAGCACCUCCCCCUAGCCCAGCCGUACCUGAACGGCUGAACCUGAACCAGAUCAACUUGAUCGAUCAGGUUUUCUUGGCGAUCGGGUCGAGGACGAAGCAAAGAGGUGAUUGAUUACAAGUUUUUUGGAGAUGGCGUCCAUGAUGGGAGGAGACUUCGUGGAGGCGUACGUGCUCAAGAACGCCUACAAGGAGAAGCUGAGGCGCAUGGAGGCGGCGGAGGCGGCGGCGGCGGCCGGUGGGAAGAAGGAGGGCGGCGUCGCCGUCGCUGGCUCUGCAGGGGAGAAGAAAGCAGCUUCGGCCGGCAGGAGCAGAGGCGGCGGCAUGUUUGGGCUCAUGAAGAAGAAGGUGCACCCCAAAGCGGCGCCGGCGACGGCCAUGGAAACCAGUAGCGCUUGAUCGAGCUGGCCAAUCUUCUUCUUCUUCUUCUUCUUCUCCUUCUUCUUCUUCUUCCUCUUCUUCUUGAUUCCGCUCUUGAUACCAGUUAGUUAUGUGCUGCAGCUCGCUGGGUUGAAAUGCUACUCUCCUGGCAGGUGGCUGCAGGUCAAUAGGAUGAAGAUUGUGUAGUGUUCUUUACUUCUUUUGUGUUUUGCUCUUCUCUUGAAGAGGUGUGUGUAGGCGUGUAGCUCACUCAAAUGUAAUCUUGGCUCAUUUGUUACUUUCUUUACUUUGAAAUGGGAGUAAAAGAAAAGCAAUUAUGUAAAGAAAUCUCCUUUCCCAACUGAACUGAUAUGUAUUGUUGCUCGUAAAAAAAAGAACUGAGAUGUACUGUUCUCCAUCAGAUUUUUCAGUUUUGUGUCUGCU